AUGGGGAUGACAGCUCUGCUUCGCCCUGUGCUCCGCUGUGGCCGCCUGGUUACGUAAUGAAACAAGUUGUAAGCAGGAAAACGGUGCAGAACUCAGGGUUCAGGGCCAGACCAGUGUUUCUGUGUGGACUCUGCGAUCCGGCUGCAAGCCCUCUUCCUGUCUGUGUGGCAGCACUGUUUUCGAGGCCCGGUGCUGCAGCAGUGAUCCUGUUUCCACGCAGAGACCGGGACUGUCAGCAGUGAUGUCGGUUAUCUGCAAGAAACUGGAGCAGAGACGAAGCCCUGCCAACCUCUCCCCCCUGUAUCUGUGAGUUGUGCCUGGCCACUGGGCUGGAAGAGUUUAAGUAGCCGUUCUGGCCGGAGCGAGCAGAUAUUCUCCCACAGAGCCCCGAGGCCAGCAGCAGAGCAGGACCGGCCAACCGAGCGCCACACAGGGGCGGACGUCAGGACGUCAGGUGGCCUCAGCCGUCACUCGCUCCUCUCUGGUUUAGAAACGUGAAAUAACUCAGUGAAGUUUGGUCUAAAACCCUGCACACACCAUCAGGAUCUACACAGCAGAGCAGAGUGUUGGAGCUGAAACGCUCUGCGGCCUCACCUGCGACAGUCCAGACCGCAUCACCUCCCCCCCUCCUCCCCCAGCUGACCCUGGGAAUAACAUCUCCCCCAAAUAAAGGCCGAAAAGCAGGAAAUUAAGCAGCCGAACGGUUUUUCCAUCUCCGCAGACUCCGAGGAAACAUCACAGACUGGUUUUUGUCUCCUGGCUGUCCGCUGAGCGUCAGAGGGAGGAGGUGGAGCGUCUCACCUGAGGCAGGUCCACGUCUCCGGCGCUCAGCAUGAGGCUCUGAGGAGGCCGCGGGAUUUAAGAUACAGCUGGUUCAAACACGAGGAGGAGGAGGGAGCAUGGGGAAGGAGCAGGACCUGCUGCAGGCGGUGAAGAGUGGAGACCUGGUGUCCACUCAGAAGCUGCUGUCCAAACUCAAAACCAACAGGAACAAGUUGCUGGGCUCCACCAAGAGACUCAAUGUGAACUACCAGGACUCAGAUGGGUUUUCGGCCCUGCACCACGCAGCUCUCACAGGGACCACAGAGCUGCUGUCGGCCCUGCUGGAGGCUCAGGCCACCGUGGACGUCAAGGACAGCAACGGAAUGCGUCCGCUGCAUUACGCAGCCUGGCAGGGGAAAGCUGAGUCAGUCCUGAUGCUGCUUCGCUCCGGAGCGUCAGUCAACGGGGUCUCCCUGGACGGGCACAUCCCCCUGCACCUGGCGGCCCAGUACGGACACUACGAAGUGUCUGAGAUGUUGCUGCAGCAUCAGUCCAACCCCUGCCUGGUCAACAAGGCCAAGAAGACUCCCCUGGACCUGGCCUGCGAGUUUGGAAGAGUCCAGGUGGCCCAGUUGUUGCUCAGCAGUAACAUGGUGGUGGCGUUGUUGGAAGGAGAGAGGAAGGAGCAGACAGACUCGGCCUUCACCACUCCGCUACACCUCGCCGCCCGCAACGGACAUAAAGACAUCAUACGGCUGCUGCUGAAGGCCGGCAUCGACAUCAACAAGACCACCAAGUCCGGAACAGCUCUGCACGAAGCCUCUCUGUACGGGAAAACGGAGGUGGUGCGGCUGCUGCUGGAUGCCGGAGUGGACGUGAACGUCCGAAACACCUACAACCAGACGGCGCUGGACAUCGUCAACCAGUUCACCACGUCGCACGCCAGCAGGGACAUCAAGCAGCUGCUGCGAGAUGCGACGGGUGUUCUGCAGGUCAGAGCUCUGAAGGACUACUGGAACCUCCACGAUCCCACCGCCCUCAACAUCCGAGCCGGAGACGUCAUCAUGGUGUUGGAGCAGCACAUGGACGGACGCUGGAAGGGCCACAUCCACGACACACAGAGAGGGACGGACCGAGUCGGCUUCUUCCCUCCGUCCAUCGUGGAGGUCAUCAGCAGACGAAACGGGGGCACCCUGUCCCGGCACGCCUCUCUGCCCACCCAGCGCCAGCAGCUGCUGUCCAGAGCCCCCCUCUCCUCCAGCCUCAGCUCCGCCCCUCAGACCAGCGACUCCUACACUCUGUACACCCCCCCCACCCACGUGGUGCUGCCGCUAGCCAACGGCCUCACUACCAACACAGGUUUGUCUCCGAGUCGCCUGUCUCAGUCUGAGUUUUCCUUCGAGGAGAUCUGGGUUCUCAGGGACUCGGGUCAUGCUGGAGACAGGAACAGUGUCGGGAGCACCGGCAGUGUCGGCAGCACCCGCAGUGCCGGGAGCGGACAGAGCACCGAGAGCAACAGCGCACCCAACGGACUCCAACACAACACUGGUCACCAUGACAACGCCAACAAGCCGGCGCCCUCUGCUGUUGAUUCUGGACACUUAGACCUCAGCAAACAGCCUGAUCAUACUGCAGGUGGGACUCCUCGGAGGCAGACGGUGACGGUGCAGAGACCUGCAGAGCAGAGUUUCUCCCAGCAGUUUGUUCGUCCUCAGCAGCUGCUGGAGGGGAAGGAUGCAGAGGCCAUCUACCAGUGGCUGAGUGAGUUCCAGCUGGAGCAGUAUACUGGGAACUUCAUCAGUGCUGGUUAUGAUGUUCCAACCAUCAGCAGGAUGACUCCUGAGGAUCUGACUGCCGUCGGAGUGACCAAACCAGGCCACCGCAAGAAAAUCUCCAUCGAGAUCAACAACCUGAACAUCCCCGAGUGGCUGCCCGAGUACAUCCCAUCUGAUCUGGGCGAGUGGCUCAGUGCCAUCGGCCUCCCGCAGUACCACAAAAAACUCUCUGAAAACGGCUACGACUCCAUCAGCAUUGUCCGAGAUCUCACAUGGGAGGAUCUGCAGGAGAUCGGCAUCACCAAGCUGGGCCACCAGAAGAAGCUGAUGCUGGCGGUGAAGAAGCUGUGUGACAUCCAGAGGGCGAUCCUUCAGGCGGAAUCAGGCCAAGGCACCCUGCGUCGCAAAGCCCCCGGAGCCCUCCACCUGGUCACCAUUGAGCCACCUGACGCAGCAGGUGAAUGCUCUUCUCCUCACACCCCAAAGAUGCUGACCUUCCAGGACAGCGAGCUGAGCGCUGAGCUGCAGACAGCCAUGUCCAGCCACUAUGGGGGCUGCGAGGAAGGCUUGGCCUUCAAGAACACAGCGGGAAUGUCCCAGAGCCAGGAGAGCAUCGACACCCGGUCCAGAGGCUCCGGACGCUCCCAGGAGCCUCCCACGGCUUCCAUCACCCCCCAAGGCUGGUCCCAGGAGAGCCUGGACGGCAGCCCCACCAAGGAGAGGAACCUCCCCGAGGGCUGGGACCAGAGGCCUCUGCAGCAGCAGACGCUGCCCAAACAGGUGCCUCUGGGCACGGCGACCGUAUUUAAGUACCCGGCAAUCCCAGCCAAGCCCAAACUGUCUGGAUCUCGCGGUCCCUCCCCUCAUGGCUCCCCAGCAUUGAAGGGUUUCAGCUACCUGCAUUCUCAUUGUGGCUCCACAGACCUGAGCUCUUCUCCCAGGCACGAGAACCACAGUAUGACCCUGACGCCACCCAAGAAGCGCACCCAGAGCAUGACCCGCUACGCUCUGUCGGAUGGAGAGCCCGAUGAGGACGACGAGGAGCCGGCAUUUCCAUCUGGAAACCUGUCAUCCUAUGCCACCUUGACCCGCAAACCCGGUCGCAGCCAGCUGGCUCGAUUAAAGUCGAGUCCAGAAAAGAAUGGCAGUGUGGGACGCAGUCAGUCCUUUGCAGUGCGCGCCCGAAAAAAAGGUCCCCCUCCUCCUCCUCCGAAGAGACUGAGCUCAGUGAGCAGCACCACCAGCGGGGAGCUGAGCGACAGCAGCACAACGUCGUCUGCUGGCGGGGCGAUGACAGACAGUCCAGUGAGCGUGAGGAGCAUCACAGCCUCUUUGGAAGGCAGGACAGAGGGGAAGAACCCCCCAGGACCUAAACCACACCUCGUCCAGCAGGAUCCGCCCUCGCCCUCCCUCGGCUCUGCAGGGCAGGAGCCCAGAGAGGCUGCCGGGGUGAGGAGGAGGGUGCAGAGCGAGUGUAUUCCCGCCCAGACCAGCAGCAGCACCGAGCCGGAUCGAGGGGUGAAGUCUGACUCGGAGGAAGAAGAAUCAAAAGGUUGCGGGCUGGAGGGCUCCUCAUCCCCCCAGAACAGCUCCAGUGAGUGCAUCCCCUUCGCCGAGGAGGGCAACUUGACCAUCAAACAGAGACCCAAAGCUCCGGGGCCACCCAGGGCUGAGGCCGUGCUGGAGCCUCCGGAGAAACCAGCAGCCAAGAACCUGGAGGUACCCGAGUUUAAUCUGAAGGAGUCGGACACGGUGAAGCGUCGACACAAACCCAAAGACAAGGAGCAGGAAGGAGGCUCCCCCAGCAGAGAGGGAGCGGGGGCGGCCUGGUCAGAGUCCGGCAGCAGCCAGGAGGAGGUCAGUCUAAGGAUCAGUGAAGCCAGUCUGGAGAGGCCGGCCAGUCCGGCAACAGGAUCCCCCAUCAAACCUCCGCUCUCCCCGAAACCUCCUGCCGUCGCCCCAAAACCUGUCCGCCACAGUCUACUGGCAGCACAAGCAGCUGGACUCUCCUCUCCGGCUGUGACCGUCACUGUCGUUCAAAGCGUGGCCUUCGCCUCGCCGCCUUCUCCCGCUUACGGGCCCCCAGCUCCGGCUCCAGCUCUGGCCCCUCAGAGUCCCUCUCUGACAGCAGCGAGGCCUCAGGUGUGCGUGGUGGGUCCGGGUCCCGUCCCCGAGUCGACCUGCGGGACCGAGGUGGUUCAACAGAGACUGGAUCAGACCAGCACGUCUCUGGAAGCAGCGCUGAUGGCCGUCGAGAGGAAACUGAACCUGGAGGACAACUCGGACAGUAGAUCAAACACAGUGAAGUCUGCGGGGACCAUUCUGGACGACAUCGGCAACAUGUUCGACGACCUGGCCGACCAGCUGGACGCCAUGUUGGACUGAAUAUUCGCCCUCAACCUCAGGAAGUGAAAAAGAGAAAAGGAGGGUUGAUGGAGAGAUUUAACCCCCCUCCGAACUACACGAUGGACACGGUCAGAGGAGCGAAAGCCAAACGCUCGUCUUGUUUGAACACCAGCACUUAAUCUCCACUGUGCUUCCUCGACGGGUUCCUUUACUCACGUCUCUAACAGGCAGUUGAAUCUGGCUGCUGUACGGAUGGAUUCCCUUUUUUAACCUUUUUAACGCUCGUGUCGUCGUGUCUUAUCAAAUACGAACCGAACAAAGAGAUAAACGUUGGACCAGCGGUAUAUUAUCAGCCCACUGUGAGGAACAACACCUCAGCAGAUUAUUGUGAUUCUUGUUAUACACUAAUAUUGUAACAUGAAGUUUGAUCUUUUUGACAUUAAUAGAGAGCCGAAGUCAUGGCGUCACUUCCUGUCCAGCAUCUGUUCCACUAGCUUCUGUCAGUCUUUCUGAAAAGUGUCUGUGACAGACCUCGAUACAGAAUUUGACGUUAAACAAUUAAUUUGGUUGCCGCUUUGGAAAAAGUUGAUGGAAGGUGUGCGUUUUCUGCCUGAACGCAGCCUCAUCCGUCAUCCGCCGACGCUCUCUUCUAAAGGGCUGCGCUGUCCAGUGUCAGAGGCUGCCGCCCGGUAGUCUUUAUUUAUUUAGCUAGUCUUUAACAAUUCAAAAUCACACAGCAUCAGUGAAAACAAGGAAAGGCAAAACAAGCCAAAUACAAAGAUCAGAACGUGACUCUACGUAUGAAAAGAUAGACAGUAGGAGCUUACAGAAACUAAACUGUCACAAAUAAAUAGAAACAAUCAAAAGAACUAAAGUAACAUCUAUGAGAGUUCAUCGAGUUUUGUUUUUGUGACUUUUUGUUAAAGUGGACGUUUGUUAAAAGCUGCUAAAAGCACAAAUAUUACUCAAACAAUGAUAUAACAUGGUUUUAAAUGAUGUGCCAUCCUUCUCCAGACACACGGACAGACCGCACGACGCACUGCCGAGUGCAUUCAUGUUUCAAGGCUGGAUUUCUAGUUAUUUGUGUUGUUUCGAAUGUUAAUGUGCUUUUCUUCCUCGUGGAACCGAAGCCGGUUUUGCUUCGGCUCUCUAUGCAUCACGUCUGACCAUUUCAAAUUUUACCUUUGUAAUAUUUAAAAGAAACUAUUUUAUACCGAGCGACCUGAACCACGUGUAGUUAGUCCUCCGCUCGGCUCGGCGUCGGCCCGUUUGUGUCCUUAAGUGUUUAUGAAGCUACAACCAACCUGUCGAAGUGCUCAGCCGUGUAGUUUAAACAAAGGGAAGCACGUUCAGCUCAUUUCACGCGUGGAGUCAGUCAGUGUGUACAGCGGGACACGGCAUGUGACAUGUCACUGAUAUACAUACUAUUUUUUGAUAUUCAUAUUAGCCAAAUUAGUAUUUAAAUUAGAGGUAUCUAAAUAUGUAUAUUGUACACUAGAGGUAUAUACAGGAGCAGAUAUUCAACCAAAGUCUUUGUACAGAUUUUCCUCUGAUAUUUUCACAAACAUUUCCUUUAAAAAAUGCAGAAUCCUGAACUGUCCUCUUCCCGUUUAUGUUUAGGAAAUGUUAUUUUGUUGUGCAGCCUGCAGCGGACAGAGAAGGUGUCCAUAUUUAGCAUGCCAUAGCUCUGUUUGAACGUUUGUGAAAGAGACUGUUAACCCUGGUUGUGUGUGGCGUGGUCCUGUGGUCAUGUGACCUCUGUGCGAAUGAGAUGCUCUCAGGAAAAAUCCCUCCUGACCCGAACCUCCGCGUUCUGCCGCUCACAGCCGAGCGAGAUUUAAAGAAGCAGAAUUCAGAAGAAAUCGAACUAAGAAAAGAAAUGAAACACAACACACAUUCUCAUAUGUAUUUCUUUGUAAUAUACACGCAUUAACUUUGUCAUAAUUAAAUGAAAACCAGCUGAUAAAAGGAGAAGUAUGUAGCUUUUUGUCUUUAAUCAUCAAAAUCAAGUCAGAACAAAGAGGAUUAACAGAUAUCUAACAAGUCCGGCAACAGAGACGCGCCAACGCCGAACGCAAAGUUUAGUUGUAGCUGCGGCUACGCAGCGGCUGUUACCUCAAAGCAGGAAGGUGCUGGGUUUCUUUCUACCAUGCCUGGCCCGCCCUACACGCCCAACACGCUAUAACGUAGGGCCCCGCCAACGAUGGCGCCUCCAGAACGCAGGUAUUCCUCCGGCGAGGGGUUGGAUUGUUGUUUUGUCGUCCAGAGCUGUAUCAGCCUCAUUUUCUGUUGACGGGUUGGAAAGACUUCGUGCCUUGAGGAUGCUGCUGAGAGGCAUGGUGACUACAAAUGUCGUAUUUUGCGUAUUAAUGUCAUGCAAAGAUUAUGCCCACUUUAUAGACUGCAGGAAUGUUCUUGCCACAUUGUGGUAGUACAGUAUAUAUCAAAGGGUUGUCAUGUCGUCCUCAUGAAAUCAGUAAUAGUUAGUUUUAUAUAUAUAUAUAUAGUUUUAUUUCAUAGUUCUCGGCUCCAGGCAAAGUAAGGAGGGCCCCCAAAGAAAAUCUUGCCUCGGGCCCCCUGUUGUCUCGAGCCGGGCCGGCUUCCUACAGUCCAAACACAUGUGGAUCGGGUCGACCGAUGACUCUAAACUGUCCGUAACUGUGACUGGUUGUCUGUCUGUAUGCGUUAGCCUAGCCUCGUUUGUAGCCUCGGUGCUCUGUAUGUUACGCCGCCGCUCAGUCACGUCGACCCCUCAGCACAAACCGUACGGGGGGGGUGCUCGUGUGAUGACGGUGAUCACGUCACAGGGAAUUUGCUGGAAGUGUGCGAGGGACCACAAGUGUUUUCAAAGGGUAUUUUUCGGUUUUACAAGAGACUAACAAGUUAACUGACAGUUAGCAAGCUCGCUAGCUUGGUUGCUAACAGGACAAAGUGCACCCAGUAUAUUUAAAAGCUCUGUUAGUAUGUCCCGACAGAGGAGCUUCAAUAAUCAGCUAAUAAGCUACGCUAGCUUCCUCCAUUUUGGACUGUUUGAUAUCUGACAACUGCGUAAAUUUCCACUUAAAAUGAAUUUAUUUCACUACAAAAUUCCACGUUUUAAAUUCUAAUGUGAAUUUGAACUUUGUUUGAUUUGUUUUUAAUGAGGCGUUUUAAAUCCUCCAUACGCGGCAGCGGCAGCGGCUGUCAGUAGACCUGAACCAGACUGACGGCAGCUUCAGGUAGCUGCGGUCGGACACACCUGUAGUGACGAGUGAGUCUUUGCAGCCUUCGCAUUCCAAGAGUUCAGUGUUUUCAAACCAGACCAAAGUCUGAUCAGAAACAGUCUGGUGGUAUUGAUCAGCUCUGCAGUGAAUAUCAGUCAAACUGCAUCAUACUGGAGGUGGAUGAUAUGUGUGUGUGUGUGUGUGUGUGUGUGUGUGUGUGUGUUAUUUUGAUAUUUCCUGUUGUUUCGGUCGUUCUCUGUCCUCUCCGGCUGUAUCGUUUGUUUAACCAUUAAAUAUCUAUGACGUUA